CUUUUAAAGCGGAAGGAGAGAGGAAGGUUGGGGGAUGGUGGAACAGGAGUAGGAUGGGGUUGAGGAUGGACGCAGCGCAUGAGGCAGGUUGGUGUUGGCUAGUGCUGCUGCUUCAUUGCUCCCGUUAUCAUUGAUUAUUAUUCAUGUUACCCCAUCGUUAUUAUUAUUGCCUCUAUUAUCACAAGCAAGCAAACUGGAAAUGAGUCAUUGAUUGACCCCUACCACCUUCCCAUAUCCCACUAUUUCUCUCCCACUCACUCCCACCUCCACUCCACUAGAAAAAGAAAGGAAGGAACCUGAAACACAGAGACGCCACCUUCAUUCCUUCCUUUGCAAUGGCACCCGAGUGGGAGAUUGGAAUGGGAAUGGAUUUUGGAAUGGGGAUGGGAAUGGGGGCCACGUUUUCUGCUGCUUCAGCUGCUGCUGCACCGCUUACCGCUAGUGCUUCUCCGGCGUACCUCUACGGACUUCCCUCCACCGACACCCUCCACAUUGACGACCUCCUCGACUUCUCCAACCACGACCUCUUCCCUUCCGCCGAGGCCCAUCUCCUCCCCACGCACGAGCAGUCAUCAGCCAUCACCGCCGCCACCCACCCUUUCUUCGGCGACACCUCCUCCUCCUCCAUUUUCCAGACCCACCACGACACCUCCUCCUCCUUCCCCAACGACAUCUACAUUCCCAGCGAGGAGGCGGCGGAGCUCGAAUGGCUGUCCAAGUUCGUGGAGGAUUCAUUCUCCGACAUCCCCUACCCAACCGCCGUCAGCGGCAUCGCCGCCCCCGCUGGGGAUGCGCACCUCCGGGCGGAGCCCUCCGUUCCCGGGCGGGGCGCCAGAAGCAAGCGUUCCCGGGCCCCCACAGGCUUCGCCGCCGCCGCCACAUGGUCCUCCCUACCCCCGCCGUCCCAGUCCUCGCCGUCGUCGUCGUCGUCGUCGUCCGAUUUCCCGCCGUCGAAGCCGAAGUCUAGCGCCGGCAGUAAUAACAAUGAUAGUAACGGGAGGGGAAAGAAGGGGGUCGGGGAGGGCAGGGUGGAGGGCGGGGUGCGACGGUGCACGCACUGCGCGUCGGAGAAGACGCCGCAGUGGCGGACGGGGCCGCUGGGACCGAAGACACUGUGCAACGCGUGCGGGGUGCGGUACAAGUCCGGCCGGCUCGUGCCGGAGUACCGGCCGGCGGCCAGCCCCACCUUCGUCCUCACCCAGCACUCCAACUCCCAUCGCAAGGUCAUGGAGCUCCGCCGCCAGAAGGAGCUCCUCCUUCUCCACCACGACAAUUCCUCCUCCAUCGCUGCCGCCUCCACCACCGCCGCCCAAGGCCAGCGACCGGAGCUCCUUUUCCCCGACUACGGCGUCUGCUAACCCUCGCCGCUGCCGCCGAUGCCUCUACUCCUUCCUAUCUGAAAUUAAUUUUUCUCCUAAUUUCCUGUUUCUAUAAAUUGUCCGAUUUCUGCUCCAUAUAUUAGACGGUUGGGAUUUCUCAAUAUUUUUCUGUUUUUUCCCAAAAUAUUUCUCUCUUAGUUUUUUUUAAAAAAAUAUUUGGGUUGUUAUCUCGUCCUGCGUUACAAAUGCAAUCCGGACGGGAAGACGGUGGGGAUCGUGC